ACAGAUGACUGUUAGAUGAGUGAAAAAAAUCAAUCAAAUAAAUCUUCAUUAAUUAUGGUGUUACGUUUCCCUUCUCUCUUGCUGGGCUAGUUUUAUUACAGCCAGCUAGCAGCACGGUAUAGGAACAAACCAGCGUGACAAGAAAAAGUCUCACGUCACGUUCGCAUAUAAAUUCUCUGCGACGGAAAAGUUUCGGAACACACGGCUUCGGAAUUAUUGAAGGAAAUAUGUUACAACAGUGAACAUGGCAUUUGAUUAUAAACCUGUGCUCUACGUAAGCUUACAAGACUUGACUUAGUGACAUAAGAUUAUGGUAAUAAUAAAUUUCAAUCAUAUCUCCUUACAAAGUAAUCUCGUUAAAUAGACAGAUUGUUUGCAUUGGUGUGGUAUGUGUUAAUGUGAUUUCACGAUUUACUGUGCAUCAAACAUUGUAACACAGCAACGAGAGAAACAAAGUGACAGACGCUACUCUGCAUCAAAACCGACAAGAAAGCCGAAGCUGGUGAACAAACAGGUUACACUAAAACACAAAUUCAUUGUAAUUGAAUCAUCUAUAUUCGGAUAAACUGACACGAACAGACUGCUACAGCUACAGGGGUGCUCAUCUACGACCACACUGAGGGGGUCCAUCAUUGAGUAACAUUUUCAGCUUAUGUCUGCUGUUAAAAAAAAUAUCCAUCCAUAGUAACGUGUGAGAGCAAGAGAGUGAGCUCCACAAGUCAUCCAUGCAAUCCUCCCAACCGAUGUGAGCUAACCGGAGGUAGCAGUAAGCAUUAGACGAUGACGAAGGCCCCUUAGGUCGUCUCGAAUGCAUCACACAUAGACAGGGUAGGGUAUGCAGGGCAACAUAACAACUGCUGAACCGAAUCCCCCGUGAAGAGGAGGAAGUUGGAAUCACCAUCUCUCAACACACUGAGCGAGCGAGAACCUCUUCUCUCGGAAUAAUGAUGUCGAAUACGGAGGAACUUCAAACGACCAACCUAAAGGUGCAGCAGUUUCCUCUGAGCAACCUUACAGUGUAGAGCACAUUUGCUGUUUGUCGUUUAGCCCGUAAAGUGAAGUGUAAUUAAUCAUUUAAAUUGCGAUCGUUUUAUAUUAGCAUUGAUUUCCUCAAUUUACUGAAGCGAAGGCUAUAGUUAUGAUACGGUGAAGUGUUGCUAACUCGACCCUCACGGUCUUGAUAUAAUAACUAGUGGUGAAUAACGAUUAUCAGUGUGAUUUUGAUGAUCUGCCGAAACAUGCUCUGCUGUGACAAAUCGUCGUCCUCUGGUGGCGUGAACUGUAAUCGAACCGCGAACGAGUCAUCUUCGAGAACAGGUCCAAGUGGACCAUUGCGGCAACCGGAUAGUUUGUUGGAUACAACAGCCCGAAUCGUAGCUCAGAAUGAACCGUUUCAAAGAAUCGAAGAACGUUAUGACCGAAUACCCGAGCCUGUGCAGAGAAGGAUUAUCUUCUGGUCAUUUCCACGCAAUGAAAAAGACAUCUGCAUGUAUAGUUCUCUAUCCAGGGUUUCCUCCAUAAACUCCGUCGAGCCUCAAAGCUUAAGCUUCUGCGCCGGUUUAAAGUUGGUCGAGUCCGGAUGUGUUGAGGAUGUAUUGCAAGUUGGUUUCCAUCUUAGUGGGAUUGUGUGGACCUAUCCACCAAAUCCCAAUCAACGACAGUCAUCUUCAUCCGGGCCAACGUCAGCAUCGAACAGCAAUCGACAUGACAUGCCGUACCAGUUUCCCGGCAUCAAUAAUAGUCACCAGCACAACUAUAUUGGAAACAAUAAUCAUCAUCAUAAUCCCCAUAAUCAUCGGCCUUUGACUCCCCCGCCUUUACACCAGGCACCGUUAGCCCCAGGGCCUCCCAUGCCACCAGGUGGGCCGGUUAUGUUUCCGCCACCCCCGGGAAUCGCACAACCAGUACCACCACAAUAUAACAAUAAUCCAAAUAUUGAUCGCGAUGGAUUUAACAAUAUUUCAACCUCGUCAUCUUCAGGCCAGGCCAACAUGGAAGAGAACAAAAAAUUCAAAGUGUCAGUCAGCUUUGAUAGGUGCAAAAUCACAUCAGUGACGUGUAGCUGCGAUACUAAGGACAUAUUCUGGUGUCAUCAUGUAGUAGCGUUAGCUUUAUACAGGAUUCGCAAUGCAGAAACGGUCAAAUUAAGGGUUCCUAUUUCAGAAACGCUACUGCAAAUGAACCGACAACAGUUACAGAAGUUCAUUCAAUAUCUAAUCUCAGAGCAUCAUACCGAAGUUUUACCCACCGCUCAAAGGCUGGCUGACGAAAUCCUACAGCAAAGAUCAGAGAUUAAUUCUAUAUGUGGAGCUCCUGACCCGACGGCUGGUGCUUCGAAAGACGAUGAUCAUUCGUGGCAUUUGGACGAGUCUCAAGUUUGUGAAGCUGUCAAGACGUACCUAGGGCAAGGCAGUUACUAUUACAGUAGCAAACAUUUGAAUUCUCUGUUUGGAAAAGUUCGAGAAAUGCUGCGAGCACAGGAUUCGAAUGGUGCAAGAAUGCUAACGCUUAUAACCGAACAGUUUCUGAACGACCCUAGGUUAGUACUAUGGAAAAACCAUGGAACGCCAAUGACGGAAAAAUGUCGUCAAUUGUGGGACCAGCUCGGUGCACUGUGGGUUUGUAUAGUGUUAAAUCCUAAAUCCACCCAGACAGAGCGACUUCAUUGGAAAGCCCUUUUGGAAAAAUGGUCAAAAAGCGAAGUUUGUCCGCAAGAGGAUCCGGAUUUGAGAACCUCUACGAGGGAAAGCAUUCGAGAGCGUUCGAAUCGCGAACGAGAACGAGACAGGAAUCGUUUCUUUCGAGAAAACAAUCUAAGAAAUAUGAUGUAUUAUAAUCAGAACAAUGUUCAUCCAAAUGAUCAUCAUAGAAAUUAUAACGAAAGGAAUAUAAACGGACAAGGAAAUAACAAUAUAGGCCACAACAACAUUCAAAAUGAUAAUUACGAUAGUUCAGAAUCGGACUCUGAUUCUGAUGAAGAAAUGGAAGAAAACAAUGAUGCGGAGAAUGGCGAAGGAGAAAAUAAUGUAAAUCCAAACGUUGCUAAUCAAGUAAACCCAGAUCAUAUGGAGGAGGAUGUUGAUCAGGUGCAUAACAUAUUGCAAGACAUCAAUUUUGGCGUUAACGCUGAAGUUAGCAAACCUGAGGAUAAUGAUUAUAUGAACCUAAUAAAUGAGAAUAGUAGUCUUAAUCCAAUUCUCCCGGAAAACGAUGAUAGUUCCAGAGAGUCUAUGGAUAAUGACGCUCCAAUGCCCGGGCCAAGUGGAAUUGCAGCAAGUAAAACUAUAAAACCGGAUAACUUUUUUAGAAAUAAUCCUUGUAUCUGUGGAGAAGAGAAAUGCGAGUGUAAUCGACCGGUAUUUUUCGAUGAAAUUAAACCUGGGAAAUUCUUUGAUUGCGAAGCUUCUAACUUCAUGGUGACUGAGGAUGCCAAUCAGGGCUGUGAGCCAUUGAAAGUUAAUGAACAUGAGAUAUCUACUGUAGAGCUGGAGACUAGCGAGGAUAAAAAUGAAAAGCACUGUGAUAUUUUAGAAAAAGGAAAUAAUUUAAGUUCAUUCGAAGAUCUUGCUGUGCCUGGACCAUCAGGCUUGUCAAGAUUAUCUCUCGCUCCAGUUUCAACCGCGCCAUCGACAACCACGUCUUCAGUGGAUUGCAAAUGCCACAAUGAUACAGAUGAAAUGACUGGUGCAUGUACUAGUAAUAAUACAACAGGUAGUUGCAGUAGCAAUGCCGAAAAAUCCGACAAGUCUGACAACCUCACUGAAACUAGUCAAUCUAAUGAAGAAAGACAAUCUUCGGUCUUGAAAGAUAAUGAAGCCAAUAAAGUAAACCAAAACGAAACAGAACCAGAUGAUCCUCAGCCUGGUCCUUCGCGUGCUGCGGAUUGCAACGGAAAACGUCCACAACAAGCUGCAAAUGAUCGCAAUAAUGAUAAUAAUGGACGGCCCUGCAAACGUCUUAAAUUGAACAAUGGUAAUUGGGUAGGGAAAAAUGUCAACAAAACUCCACGUACUAUUUUUCACAAAGCAUUAGAUGCUGUGAACAUGACUUGGGAUAACGAUCAUCUCAAGUUCAUACUUGAAUCAGAUAGUUAUUCUAUUUCGAGCCAAAACUCAGUACAAAUUGCUGGAUCAAGUAAAUCGUUCAGCAAUAGCCCAAGUGCAAAGUCUAAUUUUAAUGCGGUCGGACAGCCGCUGUGGCAUGAGCAAAUAUCAAUGACUGCGGCACGAAUUGACUCCUUGCGUUCCCAUGGUCAUAUUGAGGCUGCCCUAAGACUUUCCGUUAGCGUUGUAAGAACGAUGAGAGAAAUUCAAAGAGAUGCCCAAGCCCUGUGGCAUCGUCAUAAACCAAAGAUCGCCGAUGUUAAAAUUAUUGAACCGGUGUGCAGCUGUCAAAGUAAUCCAAUAAUUUCUACAUCUUCGUCAUCAUCGUCCUCGUCGUCAUCAACGGGAGCAUCAAGAAGUAAGGAUACAACUUCACAACAAAUGCCUCCACCUCCAGUUCCUGGACCGUCAUCAAGCUCUUCCACGUCCAGCAGUAACAAAGUUUGUCAUUGUCCUGCUCAUCAGCACCACAUGCAAGUUCCUCACCCACCACCACCCCCUCAGCAAUUCCAACAACACCCACAAAUGAAAAAAGACUGUUCGAAGUGUCUACAAAUAAAAUGCUAUUAUGAGUCGGUCGGCUCCACAGGACAUGGUUCAAGUUCGUCGAAACACAAUUAUUAUAACAAUAUGAUCAGGAACAGCCGCGGUGGUAUGAUUUGCCAUUCAGCGAAAUGCAAUCCGUUUAUUCCACCACCAGCCGAAAUGUUCCGUAAUCCACAGCCACAUUGCAGUCGAGAUUAUCGAUACAUGAAAUUUAAUAUGCCUCCAACGCAACAGCAUCAACAUAUGCAUCAUCACCAUCACCAUCAGCUAGGUGUACCAGCUUUACUAGGUCCUCCUCCUCAAGGUGGACAUCAUAUGCACCCAACUGGGCAUCCUAUUCCACCACCACCCGCUAUGAUGCCACCUCAACAUGUAUCUAAUGAACAUCCAACAAUGCCACCGAAGUGUAAUUGCCCAGUUCAUAAAGAAGAACGUCACGAUUCGCAUCAACCUCCUACUGGAUCAUCUAAUAUGGCUCCCCCUGUAAAUGGAGCCGGGCCAGGUCCAUCCUCUUCGUCAGUAAAUUUACCGCCUCCUCAGCCACCACCAUUGGCGCCAUUUCACCCACAAGAAGUACUCCAAAAGCCGCAUAUGCCAUGCUCACAACAUGAUAAAAAUCAGUGCUGUAUUAAAAAUAUAUGCUGUAAAAUGGUCGCACAAGCAAAACAUUUAGAAAAGCAAUAUAAUAUGGGACAUAAUCCAGCAGCCGGAACAUCUACUUCAACGCAAUAUAUGCCACCACCAUGUAACUGUGGGAUGCAUUCUAAUCCACAUGGUUUGUACGGUCCUGUUUACAACAAUAAUGGUCCCGGUCAUGCUAUUCAACCCGGACCAAGCACAUCUCGUUGUGCGAUGAAGCCAUACGAUCGAACCCAUGCAGUACCCUAUCCUGAAUGUGAUGCAAAUGGAGCGGCUGCGUGUUCCUCAAAAUCUCUCCCAAAAAGUACUCAUUCUAACGCUAUGCAGCAUUGCAAUAUGGAAACAGCGGGGCCAUCUAACGCCGCACCCGUAUCUACAUCUUCUACUGUUCCUAUCAAAAUCCAUCAACCGGAUUGUGUCCUCAACAAGAAGUCUGUAGAUUCAAAUAACAUCAGUUCAAAGUCAAAAGUAACUGCCACAAACAGUUCCUCGAAAGCUUCAUCUCUAUUGGAUCCUAUAAAAAUUAACCGAAAACCAAACUGUCUAUCGAAAUGCAUAGACUGCAGCAUUGGUUGUGAAGUAGAAUUCCCUCUAGAUGCGAUAGCUUGCAUUUUCGAUUGUUUAACCGAAGCCUGUAUAAUGCCAGAAGCAAUGGUUAAUGAAAUGAGUCGCAUGGCCUAUGAAAUCGGUGCCAACGGAAGUGGUCAAAACAACGCUGCUCCAGAAGAUGUUAACAUCAUUCCACCUAAGUAUCGCCAUAUUCCGGUGCCAGGAAGCAAAGAUAAGUAUGAAACAUAUUUAACGUUGGCAUUUGAGGCAGCUAUCUUGGCGUUAAGCAAACAACGCAUUAUGCCACACGGAUUGUAUGCACAGCAUGUUAUAUGCAAACAACAAGAUCAAUUGAUAUCCCGCUUGAGAAAUAUAGAUCUCGAUCAAAUGCUAAUUGACGUUUUGAAGAACCUUAGUAUCCAACUUCUUGACGGAGGCCCCACAAGUGGCCUUGGAGAGAUGAUCCAUCCGGAGUCAGUUCCUAUGCAUACCCUGGCGAGAUUCCUGUUUGCUUCUCUGCUUAAUCAGUAUUCGGAUUUGGCGUUUAGCAUCGGGCUACGCGCGAUGCGUUUUCCCAUUCUUGAAAACAUUACCGAAGGUUCUGUAAAUGGAAUUGAAAUGCAACACAAUAACUUCAUGCAUUCGCCUUAUCCUCGUUGGUGGACACUUGGACACCUGGAGACACAACAAUGCUCGCUUAGCUCAACUAUGCUGAGUGCCGCGAAGGGAGAUACCAAGCGUUUGUCAUCAGUGUUGGAGAAUGCUCGCCGAAACAUCCACAGUUCGUCCCAUCUGUUCAAGCUGGCGCAAGAUGCAUUUCGGUUCGCUACUCCUGAGAAUGGUCCCCGUAGUCAAACCCUGUUGGGCGUUGCGUUCGAGUUGGGUCUUCAAGUAAUGCGUAUGACAUUGACGUGUUUGAACUGGCGUCGUAGAGAGAUGGUGCGAUGGCUCGUAACGUGUGCCUCGCAUGUCGGGCUGGAGGCACUGAUGUCCAUCAUGCAAAACUGGUAUCAUCUUUUUACACCCACGGAAGCGACGGGUCCUGUUGCAACGACGAUUAUGUCACACUCCACGAUCAUGAGGUUAAAUUUGAACUUUCGACAGCAGGACGAGCUGUCGAACUGUGCACGAACUCUAGCUCUCCAAUGUGCAACUAAGGAUCCGCCUAACUGUGCUCUGAAUGCGCUGACCUUAUGUGAAAACGAUGCGAUGGCCUUCGAAACUGCCUACCAUAUUGUAAUUGAUGCAGCAACUCACAUUAUGACUUCCAGCCAAUUAUUUACGAUUGCCAGGUACAUGGAACAUCGAGGCUAUCCUUCGCGAGCGUACAACUUAGCAAUGCUAGCAAUGAAAAAUGUGCAACUAGCGUACAACCAAGAUACCCAUCCGGCCAUAAACGAUAUUCACUGGGCAUGUGCUUUAUCACAUUCUUUGGGAAAGGCAGAACUAUCCAAGAUGAUUCCACUAGUUAUAAAAAAUGUGCAAUGCGCUACCGUUCUCUCGGACAUCCUGCGUCGUUGUAGUGUUCCUACUCCGGGAAUGCACAAUUUCAGUGCACAUGGUAACAAUAUGCGACAAUGCAUGAAGUUAAGCUAUGACAGGGAACCUCUUAAUCAUCUCCUGGAGGCAGCGGUUUCCGCCUACGUUAACACCACUCACUCAAGGUUGUCUCAUAUAUCUCCAAGACACUACAGUGAUUUUAUCGAUUUUCUCAGCAAAGCCAGGGAUACUUUCAUGCUAGCACGUGAUGGGCCAGCUCAUUUUUCCCGUUUGAUUGAAAAUAUCACUAUUGCAUACAAAGGCAAGAAAAAAUUGGUUCGUCAAGUUAGGCAAAGAUUCCAAUUUGUCUAAAAAAAUCUUGUCUUUUGCACUGCAUUAUUCGAACCUAAUGCACUGCCCAUAUAAAAAGACAAAAAAAAAACUAACUCAAAGUAACAUUCAAAAACAUAGUUAGAAUAACAAAUUAAUAAGAAUGUUCUAGUUCUGAGUUUACGUUUGUUUUUCAUUUCGAACAUGUUAUUCACACAGUAACUCACAGUAUUAACAUACAGUAAUAGUGUUCUUCCACUUUUGUUUACAAGAUUUUUGUUGUGGUUGCCUGUUUUGACCUUCUUUUAUAGGUUUUUGGGAUUGACUUAUCCCAUAUUUGCCGUUAGGUUUUGUUUUAUUCAUUCAUAAUUUUUGCUUAGCAAAGAAAUGGAACGUGCAAAAACUGUUGAUGUGCAAGUAAAGUGCGCUCUAAAAUCAGAAAUGACAAAAUUCUCUAUUAUAUAAAAAAACAGAUACUGUAGUGAAGUGAUGUGUAGAAUAGACCAAUAAACUUAGGCCAUGACUUCCAUUUUAUAACUAAUGCAAGCAUAAUACACAAAUGACAUUAACUACUUACAUAAUAUUAUAGCAAGUGUAAUAAAAUAUACAUAGAAAAUUAUCGAACAAAUCAAUAGAUUACAUGAAAUAAUCAAAUAAUAAAAUUAAGAAAUGAGUUACUAUUGCUACCAAACCAGCUGAUAUGUGCGGAUACUUUUAUCAUAAGGCAAACAUAUGUACGAACUGAUCGCCGAAAGGUCCUAGUAGAUAAACAACAAAACAAAAUGUAAUCAUCAAAAUUCGGUAUCGUAGUAAAAACAGCUAAUAUUUUAGCCGAGCCAGAUGUUCUGUGUUUAUAUUUUUUAAGAUUCUCAACAAAACUUGUGCCACCAUAUCUGUGCCGAAUAAUUGACUUUGAUAGAUUUCAGUUCGAAUGAAAGACAAAGUAAUGUUUAGUAUAAUUUCGCCAAUUUAGUUAAAAUACCUCAACUAUUUAUGUAAAUUGAUUGCUAGAUAAAUUUACAAAAUUGUAUUUUAGUUCAUCUUGUACUAUUUAAUGCUGGAAUAAAUAAAAACACGCAGAUAACGAGAGCAUGAAACUAAAUUGAAUAGGAAUAGAAUCAAAUUUAAAACAUAAUUACCUGUACGCAGAAAUAGCAGCCUACAUAAAAGAAGACAUUGAAACAUGAAACCUGUUAAAAAUUAGCUGAAAUAAUCAUUUCAGCGCAUACACAAACAUCAUAUGCAAAUAUUUACUGCCAAACAGACAAACUAAUCAAAUGAAGAUACCAAUUAUGAAAUAAAUUAAAUCGAACCACUGUAAUUUAACAAAUAAAAUCCGUAAAUAAUCAUGUCAGUAUUUCUAACUAAAACUAAGAAAAAAGAAAUUAUUGACGUUUCAUGAGCACACUGCUCCAUAUAACGUUUUUAUUGAGUUCAAUGCAUGACAAACAAUUAAGUUUGGAGAUAUUGUACCUGUCUUUGACGAUGUCGAUGGUCUGCUAUAACAUUUGAACUAUUUUUUGUGUUAUGAAUUUUUCAUUUUUUUUUUCUUGUGAAAUGCGUUUUUCCCGACUGAGGCGAGAAUCGAGCUCACACUCCUCUACAAAACUACUAGAAUAUGAUUCUAUGCAUUCUAUGUUUCAAAGAUUAUUAUAGUAAUCAACUAAUUGUUUCAAUGGUGAAACUAUUGAUAAACAACAAAAAAGACGAUUCUGAAUACAACAAUUAUUUUAUUUUACACACCAUUUUAUUUCGUGCUGCAAAUCUAAAACUACCCAUAUCGUCAAAGGCGGAUGUGGUAUCUUUAAAAAAAUAGUCAUGCUAACUAAUAUCACUGCUGUCGCCCUUUUCCAUACGUAAUUAAUUUGGACCAACUAAAUCAAGCUUCUUUUUCGUUAUAUGUUGUAUUCCUUACCUUUGUUUGGCAGCAAAAACAUCUCUUUUCAUUUAUUAUUUUGUUAGGACGCGAGUUUUAUCUCAGGUACUGUAAAGUUUAAUUAACAAACAAAAUAACACGUCGGUAGACACAUUAAUGCGACAAACCUAAUUAUAUAAAUAUACGAAUAUGAACAA